GGGCUCAACUGGAGUUGGGGCUCAGCUUGGGUUUAGGGCUCGGGGGUCUCACCCAAGGUCAUGUAUCAGGGUCAUGGUCAGCUUAUGGUCACAGGCUCAUAGUUCAGCCUGGAAUCAAAGUUCAGUCCAUAAUCAAGGCUCAGCCUGGGACCGGGCUCAGUCAAGGCCAGGAUUCAGCUUGGGAUCAGAGCUCAGCCCAAGAUCAAGGCUCAGCCUGGGAUUAGAAUUCUGUCCAAGGUCCAGGCUCAGCCCGGAAUCAGGACUCAAUCCAGGAUACAGGCUUAGCCUCAGAACACGCAGUGUGUCUCUGUUAAUGCGCCCGAGUCAGGUGGCCCCUUGUGUAGCCAGCAAUGAGGGUCAGCGGUCCCACUGCACAGGGUGGUGCCAGGAAAGACCUGGCUGAGCUUCCCGCCUUACCCCCGGCCUCAAACCCCAGCUGCGUGCACAGCUGCCUGGGUGGCUCCUCCCCCAAACCUCCCCUUUAGGACCGUUUUUUGCUUGUCACCUCCAGUGACAAUAUGCUACCACCUCCUAAGGCAGUGCCUUGCUCUGAACUUCCCUGUAACGGUCCUGCUGCCACAGCUGAACAGCGAACAAAGACAGGAGUGCUGGGCAGGGAUCACGGUCACCUGGACUGCCCUCCCUGCCUUUCGUGUGGGCCUGGCAAGGGAGACUCCUCCCCCUGAGACCCCAGGGCAGGGCUGUGCUUCACCCCCUCGAGUCCCUCAGGACCACUCUACUCCCCCCAAUUCAUUUUUUAUUUUAAAAUUUUUUAGAGAGAGGGGAAGCGAGUGAAAAAGAGUAGCGGGGGAGAAGAUUGAUCGGUUGCCUCUCAGAUGCUCCUGACUUGGGACUGAACCUGCAGCCCAGGCCUGUGCCCGGACCAGGAAUUAAACCGGCGACCUUUCACUUAGUGGGACGAUGCCCAAUCGACCGAGCCACACCAGUCGGGGGUGCCUCUCCCACUUCUCACCCCCACUUACUGCCUGCACCUCAGUCCUCAGCCACUUCAGGCUCAGAAAGCUCGAGCUCGGUCAGACGGACAUGGGUGGGGUGGGGCGGCCCCCGUUUUUCCUGUGAAUUCCCCCUCCCAGAGGUGAGGGACUGCCCUGGGUGGGGGCUCCCAACUCUGCUCCUGGUAGGGCCUCGCUCAGGGGGCAGAAGAGACAGCCAAAAACUCUGGUAAGGAGGGUCUGGACCAAGAGAUCCCUGUGUCUGUAGGUGGUCACCUCCCACUGUGUGACGGCUGGUGCCACCUCUUCAGGCCUCAGUUUCCUCUUCUGGGACAGGUGUACUGCAGGUCUGUUUUGGCCCUGUCAUGAGGAUAAAACGGGGUGCGCCUGAAUCUCAACAAGGUGGCCGGCAGUGCUUAUGUUCAUGUGUGGGCAGUCACUUAACACACACUUAUUAAGCACCUGCUAUGUUCCAGGCAGUUGGAGCAGUUGGGGAGAGAGUGAUCAAAUCGCCCCAUCCUGGAGGGAGUAGCCAGAAGGGGUGGCAAGUGCUUUUUGGGGCACAUUUUCCCUCCCUCUGGGCCCCCACACCCCUGGGCUUUCGAGGAAUGGGGGCGGGACAGAGGCUGGGGUCUUGCUGCAGGGGUGGCUACAGCGCCCUCCUGAGUCCCGGGGUUAGAGCAGACCGUUGGGAUGCCCCUCCCCUCCUGGGCCUCACCCCCACCCUGGGGGUACCUCGAACAUAACAGGAAAUUUCAAAUAACAGGAAACCAAGACCAGGCAAGGCAGCAGCUCCACCCUGCCCGGGGCCAGCCACCCCGGGCCUCAGUCUGCCCUGGGGGACUGCCAUGAAUGCCACAGGGUCCCCAGUGGAGGCCCAUGAGGCCUGCCAGCAGCUGGCGGCCGGUGGGCACAGCCAGCUCAUUAUCCUGCACUACAACCACUCGGGCCGGCUGAUGGGGCGGGCGGAGACCGCCGGGAGCCUGGGGGUCCUGCAGGGGCUCUUUGUGGCCGUGAGCUGUCUGGUGGUGCUGGAGAACCUUCUGGUGCUAGUGGCCAUUGUGACUCGAAUGCAGUCCCGGCGCUGGGUCUACUACUGCCUGGUCAACAUCACGCUGAGCGACCUGCUCACCGGCUUGGCCUACCUGGUCAACGUCCUGCUGUCCGGGGCCCACACCUUCCACCUGGCGCCCGCCUCCUGGUUCCUGCGGGAGGGUGUCCUCUUCAUGGCCUUGGCCGCAUCCACCUUCAGCCUGCUUUUCACUGCCGGUGAGCGCUUCGCUACCAUGGUUCGGCCCGUGGCCGAGAGCGGGGACACCAAGAGGGGCCGGGUCCUGGGCUUCAUUGGGCUCUGCUGGCUGCUGGCCGCCCUGCUGGGCCUCCUGCCCCUGCUCGGCUGGAACUGCGUGUGCUCCUUCCAGAGCUGCUCCAGCCUGCUCCCGCUGUACUCCAAGGCCUACAUCCUCUUCUGUGUGGUCAUCUUUGCCUGCAUCCUGGCCACCAUCAUGGUGCUCUAUGGGGCCAUCUUCCGGGUGGUGCGGGCCAAUGGGCAGAAGGCCUCGCGCCCCCCGGUCCGCCGCAAGGCCCGCCGACUGCUCAACACGGUGCUCAUGAUCCUGGUGGCUUUCGUGGUCUGCUGGGGUCCGCUCUUCGGCCUGCUGCUGGCUGACAUCUUUGGCUCCAACGUCUGGGCCCAGGAGUACCUGAGGGGCAUGGACUGGAUCCUGGCGCUGGCUGUGCUGAACUCAGCUGUCAACCCGAUCAUCUACUCUUUCCGCAGCCGGGAAGUCUGCCGGGCCGUGCUGGGCUUCCUGUGCAGUGGGUGUCUCAGGCUGGGCCUUCGAGGGCCUGGGGACUGCCUGGCCCGGGCUGCUGAGGCCCACUCUGGGGCUUCCACCACUGACAGCUCGCUGAGACCCAGGGACAGCUUCCGGGGCUCCCGGUCACUCAGCUUUCGGAUGCGAGAGCCACUGACUAGUAUCUCCAGUGUGAGGAGCGUCUGAGCCACAGCUGGGGAAGAUGGUCCAGCUGCCAGUGCCUGCCCCCAGAGGCCCUCCUCCUGGCCUGGAGGAGGCCCACGAUGGGGGGCCGGGAGCCUGGGAGCGCGCGCGCAGAGAGGCGGCAGGCAGGCCCAGACGGAGAGGAUGGAGCAGGAAACCAGCCGGGGGCCCCAAGGCCCUGUGUUCCUCCUCACAGCCCCAGGUCUGCUGGUGUUUCACGGUCUUGGAGAAGGAGGUGACUGCUCGCUGGAACAGAGAGCGCCCUGGCGUGGAGACAGUUGGGGUUACUAUGUCUGCCCCAGCUCCUCUCUGGAUUUCAGUGGGACUCCCAGGCAAUGAGGGGUAGGCUGUGGGGUCGGUGCCCUAGCAACAUGGAAAUUCAAUGAUGGUA